GCGCCAGGACAACUAUUUGUGGUUCACGUCGCAACGCGUUCAUGCAUACUGCUGCCAACUCGUCCGACCUGCAUGCAUGCCUUGAUCACUGCGGGGCCACGACAGCCAAAACUAGCCAUCACCCAACAUCAUCAUCAAUAUUACAACCAGCUCCAUUGCUCUUGUCCUUGGUCUCAUAGACUGGCGCACAUCUAUUCUGAUACUUAUCGCUCGCUGUUACAGUUUAUCAUCUUAUCGAGCAUCUCGAUGCGAUCGUGUCAAACACUGACGGCCCCACAACUGUAAGAACAACAAAAGCGACGACGACGACGACGACGACGGGACGAUCGGGACUACAGACUUAUGGCAGUAUGACUACUCCGGCACCAAACAGGCUCUCCGACAGCAAGCGAGACCGUCUUUAUAACAUACUACGCCGAUCCAAAAAAACCGAAACCUUUCCAUCGCCAAAUGCACCAACUUCCACUUCGAUUGGGCAACAAACGUCAACCCCGUUGGCUCCAGCUUUAGCAUCUCAUAAACAGCUUGCUUCGAAUAAAUUGACCUCCGCUAUACCCUUAACCAGUAUAACUUCUGAUACCACUUUGAUCCCUACAAAGGCAGCUUUAAUCCCCGUCUCGUCCAGCCUUUCUUCUACCUCUCAAAUUGCAACUGUGCAGCAGUCAACUCCUGUCUCUCAGCAGCGAAUUGAUCGAAUUAAACUUUCGCCAUUAAUCAAGACUCCCCAUAAGAAUCCCAGGGUCAUCAAAGCCCAAGAGGAACUCCAAAGGGUCACAGAAGAGCUCCAGGCUGAGCUUGUGAAUUAUGAAAAGACAUUUCCUGGCCCCAUUCUCGUCAAGGACGAAGAUAUUACUUCCUCUGGGUCAUUACCGACCCAAGUCGCCACAGAUUUUGGAAAGGUGGUCGCGCAAGCACUAUCCGAUCACAAAAUAGGAGAAUCUACUGUAGGAGGGAAGGUGAUAGGAUUCAUGGAAAAGCUAUAUCCUAUUACAAACAUUGUGUUGGGUAUUGUAUCAUUUGGGGCAGAUGCAGCGGGAGUUGUACCAUUGAAGCUAGCAGCAAACACGCUGAAUGUGAUUGUCAACCAAGCAGCUAAACAACAAACUCGCUCCAACGGGGUUAUUGAUUGCUUGAACAAAUUAGACACAUACCAGUCUUUCUUCCAAAAUAUCAAUCGGCUCGGAUACAUCCAGGUCUCUGAUAAUAUGCUAGAAGUGUCCACGAAUCUUCUUGCAGGAAUCAUGGGAACCUUGCGAAUUAGCCUUGCUUCCCUGCGGACCAGUUUCGUCGUCAACAUAGCCAAGGCAGUCAGAGGAGAUGAUUUUGCGGAUUCGCAACAAGCGCUAACCACAGCAAUGGAGGCCCUUGACCGAGCUAUUCAACAGGAGCUUCUCUUUGACGAGAAGGAACGGAAGUGGAAAGAUGAAUGUAAAAAAACCUUAGACUUCUUAUCUAAAAUACCCGCAGGUAAGAUGCAUCAUGAUAUACGGAACCGUCGCUUGGAGCAUUCAGGGGAGUGGAUAAUCAAGAAUGAGACAUUUCAGAAAUGGAUGAAUGGAGAUCUUAAGACGCUGUGGUGUCCUGGAAAGCCUGGUGCUGGGAAGACCUUUCUGGCGUCCGUUAUCAUUGAUCACUGCCGGACUGUAUAUGGCUCAAGCAAUACAGAAAACGAGUCAGUAGGGAUUGCUUGGAUGUACUUCAACUACAAUGACCAGAAUGCUAACAGCAUGGGUCAAGUGAUUGCGAGUCUUACGAAGCAACUGAUUGCUUCAGUAACCCCUGAGAUAGGAAAGAGCAUAAUGGAGGAUGCUAUUGAAUUUCGCGAGGAACACAACUCUGGAUCACCAGGCCCGGACGACUACUUUAUGCUCCUGUCCAAGGUGAUUAGAAGUAUGCAGAAAACUAUUUUGAUUCUCGAUGCGCUAGACGAGUGUGCGGACAAAGACUCAAAACGUGUUAACCGCGUAUGGUUAAUAAAAUCACUAUUAACGUUAGGGGUUCAGAUGUUGGUAACUUCUCGAGAGAUGCCUGCAAUUGAAGCGCUAUUUGAACAAGCUCCCGACUUCGCUAUGCUUGCAAUCAGUCCAGCUAGUCAAGAUAUCAAGUCGUACAUCCAGUGGAGAAUAUAUGAUAUGAAGUACGGGAGUCCUAACCUUCGUCAUCUUCUUAAAGAGAAUCAAUCCCUAGAAGAAAAAUUAUUCAAGCAGUGGUGGAAAAGUAUUCUGAAAUCUUUAAUCUAGCGCGUUUACAAAUGGACACCAUUAGCGAGUUUACAACAAAGGGAGAAGUGCAAGAAGCUCUCGAGACCCUUCCAAUGGAAGAAAGCGAGUUUUAUGGUCAGGCCAUUAAACGAAUCAAAAAUCAGAAACAUCAUUCGGACAAGGCAUUGCGUAUAUUAGCCUGGACUCUCUGUGCCAAAAGGCCAUUGUCUGUGCGAGAGAUGCAACUCGCUGCAGGAAUUAAGCCACGUGAAUAUCGUGAGGACUUCGAAGACUUUACACUCAAAAAGAACGAUAUAGUUGAUUUUUGUGGCGGCCUCGUACUUGUUAAUUCUGAUAGUGGAACUGUGGCAUUCGCACACUUAACCAUUAAUGAAUAUCUCCAGAGCGCAUCUAAGAGUAUAUUCCCAACAGAACCUGACACAGUCAUUGCUAGCACCUGCUUCACUUACCUCUCGUUCUAUCCCUUUAAGAGCGGCAGCUGUCCUAGUGACAAGGAAUUCGAGAGCAGACUUGAACAGAAUGUUCUCUUGGAUUAUGCUUCUCGACACUGGGGUGAGCAUGCAGAGUCAGUUCAAGACCGGGUGCUUGAUGAGGCGCGCAUUUUCUUAAUGGAUGACGAUUUGGUUUCCUGUGCUGUGCAGACCAUGUCAGCCCCAGGUAACGAAUGGAAAAAAAUUCGGAGGGGUUAUAGUCCGAGGGGUUAUAGUCAAAGAUUUCCCAAACGAACAACAGGCCUGCAUUUGACUGCAAGAUUUGGAUUGUUGUACUUGUCAGAAAGGCUGCUAUUGCAACUGAGUAAGAAUAUUAAUAUCUCAGCCAACUCUAAGGACGAGCACAGCCGGACGCCACUCUCGUGGGCUGCAGAGAACGGGCACGAGGCUAUAGUCAAGCUGCUGCUCGAGCAGAAGGCUGAGGUCGACUCGAAGGACACACAUUGGGGUCGGACACCGCUCUCGUGGGCUGCAGGGAACGGGCACGAGGCUAUAGUCAAGCUGCUGCUCGAGCAGAAGGCUGAGGUCGACUCGAAGGACAGUAAUGGUCGGACACCGCUCUCGUGGGCUGCAGGGAACGGGCACGAGGCUAUAGUCAAGCUGCUGCUCGAGCAGAAGGCUGAGGUCGACUCGAAGGACAGUAAUGGUCGGACACCGCUCUCGUGGGCUGCAGGGAACGGGCACGAGGCUAUAGUCAAGCUGCUGCUCGAGCAGAAGGCUGAGGUCGACUCGAAGGACGGGGAUGGCCGGAAACCGCUCUCGUGGGCUGUAGAGAACGGGCACGAGGCUAUAGUCAAGCUGCUGCUCGAAAAAGGGCGCUAAGUAGAUGUAAAGAAUAGCUCGCGCUAAGGUAGAUGCAAAGGAUAGCAAUGGCUGGACGCCGCUAUCCUAGGCGGCAGACAAGGGGUAUGAGGUAGUGGAACAGCUUUUACUCAAGCGAGGAGCUUUGGUAGGUAGAAGAUCUUUAUGGGCUUAUAGCGCUAUUUACAUUUUGAUCAUUAUCUACUUAGCUUUUCCCACCCGCCUCCAAAGUUUAGCCUCUUGUUAUAUACUUCUGCCUAGUUUCUAUGAAUUUCUAGAAGCUAUUAUUGAUAUUGAAUCACUAACACUAUAGCAUUAAGCUGCAAGUUAAUUUUAAAACAAAGAUGAUAUAAUCAGGAG